AAACACAGAGAGAGAGAGCAUCGAAUCGUGCCUGCAAGUGAAACUUGUUUUGGGCUCGCGUUCGUUGAUUUUCUGAUCGUGUGCCUUAUCGUUGCGAUAUACAAAUAAAACUUGUUUAUAUUUAAUUACUUUUUUAAUCGACGUAAUGGAUUUCGGCGAUCAAGUUGCGCGACAGUCGAGGGUGCGCGACGACGUGGGAACUCAGUGUCAAAAGUUGUUUCAAGAAUUCCUCGAAGAGUAUAAGGAUGAUGGAGUUCUCAAAUAUCUUCAAAAAGCCAAGGAUCUGGUUAGCCCUGAACGUAGCACCUUGGAAGUGUCAUUUGAAGACAUUGAAAAAUACAAUCAAGCUUUGUCAACGUCAUUGAUUGAAGAAUACUACAGGGUCAAUCCUUUCUUGUGUCAAGCUGUAACAAAUUAUGUGAAGGAUCAAGCAGGAUUAACAAAGCCCAAAGAAUGUUACUUGAGUUUAGUUGAUGUUCCCACAAGACACAAACUCCGUGAACUUACUACCUCCAAAAUUGGUACUCUCAUUCGUAUAUCGGGUCAAGUUGUACGUACCCACCCUGUUCAUCCAGAGCUAGUGUCAGGAACUUUCUUGUGUCUUGAUUGUAAUGGAGUUAUUAAAAAUGUUGAGCAACAAUUUAAAUUUACCAAUCCGACAAUUUGUGUCAAUCCUGUGUGCAGUAAUAGAAGAAGAUUUUUGUUGAACAUUGAUGAAUCAGAAUUUGUUGACUUCCAAAAAGUUAGAAUUCAGGAAACACAAGAAGAAUUACCCAGAGGUUGUAUCCCUCGUUCACUUGAGGUUAUUUUGAGAGCUGAAGCUGUUGAAACAAUUCAAGCUGGAGAUCGAUAUGAUUUUACGGGAACAUUAAUUGUAGUACCUGAUGUUGGCUCUAUAUCGAUGCCAGGUGCCAAAGCUGAGCUAGGAUCAAGACACAAACAAGGAGAACAAGGUGAAGGGGUCAGAGGACUAAAAUCUCUUGGUGUCAGAGACUUGAAUUACAGAAUGGCUUUCCUUGCUUGCAGUGUAACGCCUACAAGUUCAAGGUUUGGAGGAACAGAUAUUGGACUGAACUGUGAAAAUCAAGAAGAAAUGAAGAAACAAAUGUCUACUGAUGAAUGGAACAGAAUAUACGAUAUGAGUAAAGACAAGAAUUUGUACAAUAAUUUAGUUGCAAGUUUGUUCCCUGCUAUUCACGGAAAUGAUGAGGUAAAAAAAGGUGUUUUACUCAUGUUGUUUGGAGGUGUACCAAAAACUACAAUUGAAGGUACAACAUUGAGAGGCGAUAUAAAUAUUUGCCUCGUUGGAGAUCCAAGUACUGCCAAGUCGCAACUUCUCAAACAAGUUGCAGAUAUUACUCCAAGAUCUGUUUACACAUCGGGUAAAGCUUCUAGUGCAGCAGGUUUAACUGCUGCCGUAGUCAGAGAUGAAGAUUCAUCAGAUUUUGUUAUUGAAGCUGGAGCACUGAUGUUGGCUGACAAUGGUAUCUGUUGCAUAGACGAGUUUGAUAAAAUGGAUCCAAAAGAUCAAGUAGCUAUUCACGAAGCUAUGGAACAACAAACGAUAUCUAUUGCAAAAGCUGGAGUAAGAGCUACCUUAAAUGCAAGAACAUCCAUUUUAGCAGCUGCAAAUCCGAUCGGUGGCCGAUAUGACAGAUCGAAAUCUUUGCAACAAAAUGUUUUAUUAACUGCGCCAAUUAUGUCGAGAUUUGAUCUCUUUUUUAUCCUCAUUGACGAGUGCAACGAGAUCAUUGAUAACGCGAUUGCCAAAAAAAUCGUCGACUUACAUAGCAAUAAUCUAGUUACAAUUGACACUCUGUAUACCCAGCAAGAAAUUCUACGAUAUAUUUGCUUUGCUAAGCACUUUAAACCGAUCAUCAGUGGGGCCGCUGGAGAAAUGUUAAUAAAUACAUAUACCAAUUUGCGACAAAGAGAAGGUAUGGGAGGAAAAAAAGCAACUUGGCGUGUAACCGUGAGGCAAUUGGAAAGUUUGGUUCGUUUGUCGGAGGCCUUGGCUAAAUUGGAGUGUCAAGAUGAAGUGACCGAGAGACACGUGAGAGAAGCGCGACGAUUACUGAGCAAGAGCAUAGUUCGCGUCGAACAACCGGAUAUCGAUUUGGAGGAUGCAGCAGGUGAAAAUCAAGAAUUACACGACGACGAAGCACCUGCAGCGAUGGAAAGACUCAAUGCUAUGGAGACUGACCAUGAUGACGCUGCUUCAGAAGCAUCUCAGCGCCCAGCAACCAAAAAGCUCACGAUGUCUUACGAGGAGUAUAAAAAUCUGUCGAAUCUCAUUAUUCUACACAUGAGAGCUCAGGAACAACAAUUUGAAGAGAGCGAGGACAGCGAAAAAUCAGCCCUGAGAAAAUCCGAGCUAGUGGCUUGGUAUCUGGACGCCAUUCAGGAUCAGAUCGAGUCGGAGGACGAACUACUGGAGAGGAAGGUGCUGAUCGAGAAGAUCCUCGACAGGCUGAUCUACACGGAUCAGGUCAUCAUUCCGCUGACAUCGAUGAGAGAGAAAUUGGAGGAGGACGAGGACGAUCCUAUGCUGGUCGUACAUCCCAAUUACGUCGUGGAAUAGAAAAAAAAAGAGAAAAAAAUUGUAAUUGUAAAUUGAGAAUUUGUCUUCUUUUCUUUUUUUUUUUUUUUUUUUUUUAAUGAAAUUUAGCGAAACUGGUUGUGUACAAUGGACUUUUUUAAAACUACGUUAAGUUUUUCUCUCUCUUAUUUUUUAGUAGCUGUUAAGUGCCUUUUGAGAAUUAAACUGUAAGUUUUUAUACAUUUUCAA